UCACCAAACCUUAUAUUCUUCCGCCGUAAUUUUCUGUGUUGCUUGUCAAUUUAGUGCCUGAAAUACGCAGAAUUUAGUAGCACAGACCAAGGUGCACUGGACGCCACACAGGUGCAUUGUGUGGUGAAGUCAUUGAUGGAUGAAUCCCCUUUGCGGUUAGUUCUUUUGAGAUUUUUUACUGCAAGUGCAAGGAAACGUAGCUCGGGUCAGAGAAAAGUCUGAUGGACAGAUAAGUCACCAAGACAUCAGACGACUUUGCACCAUUUUUCUGUCAGCUGGGGCAAUCGGCCAUUUGGCUUUACAGACAACUGUCCUGUGUUGGACCGACACGCCGCCUGCUUGCAUUCUGUGUGUUUUCUUAAGCGAUUCCGGCACACUUUCUCCUUCAUCAGCUCUCCCUCAUGGUAAAUAUGCAAGCACCACAUUGCAUAGUCAAAACCUGUCGGCUACAUUUUCACUCGCAUCUAUCGGGGACUGGCCACAAUUAAGUUGACUUGUUCCAGAAUCGUCUCACGUCUCCCUGCGUGGAUUUCCAUAUACUCAUUUCCGGGAGCCAUGGACUACAAAAUCUUCCUCGUGGCAGACAUAAGUUGAGGACAUGAUAGAUGGACGGAGAAAGACCAGCUGAUGGGCUUGAAGCCAAGACUAAGCCGUACCGUUUCUGUGCAGCUUCCCACAAUUUUCCGUGCAACUGUCAACGUCGCUACUGGGAACGAUCUUUCCUCUCGCAAGGGUAUUGGAGACUGACUCGGAGGAAUGGCACCAAACGCUCCAACCGAUGUUUCGGCAUGACCAGCUGACUUUGUAACCGACAGACAUUUAUGAAUUGUAUCAUAGAGCCGUUUGAGAUUUAAUCAUAGUUUCCAACACAAACGUCGGAACUGUUUCCUUACUUCUGCUAUGACUGUACCAAAGGUCACUUGUAAGUGCAUUAAGUUGGGAAUUUUACGAAAGCAUAAUUUUGCCGAGAUCUACCAUUCUGCCAUCCUAACAUUCUUAUACCAGUACCCUUAAUUUUCUAUGUAAUUGGUAGAAAUCAAAUUCUGAGCAUUAGUAGCACCAGUUGAGAGAUUUUUCUGGUAGUAUAUAUUCUUACUAUGGAAAGUAACACAAGUGGUUCACCAGAUACAGAUCACUAUCCAGGAAGCAGUCCUGUUGCGUAUGGACUGCUGGUUACCAUUAUACCUUGCGCUGUUAUCAGUCUCGUGAUCCACCUGUAUAUAAUUUUCUCGGUGGUUUUCAACAGUGCCCUGCACAGCGCCUCCAAUUACUUCCUCGCCAAUCUGUGUGCUUCAAUAGCGAUGUCAAGUGCGUUGAGCGCUGUCUUAAUAAUUCCGCAGUUACUUCCCACUGUACGUGCCUAUGACGACUCUGUCACCACACCUUCACAGACAACCAGCUUAGUUUAUGUUGCCGUGAUUUCUGUGACCGUUUCGUUCGUGUGCAGUUGUGCGAUUGUCGCCGGUGACCGCUAUGUCAAGGUCGCGUAUCCUUUGAGGUACCUAGACUUAAUGACGAAUAAGGCUUGCGGCCUUCUCAUUGGUAGUUGCUGGGUGUCGUCCUUGGUUGUUUCGGCUGGUUUUGGAGUGUCUUUCGGAAGUAAAUUACAGUUCACAAACACGGCCGAUUUCGAGUCCUUGAGACAGACUCCUCCCUAUCGCAUCUUUACCCUUUUCUUUACCGUAAUAGUGUGUCUUGGUGUGUUGGUUAUUACCGGGUUUGUGGUAAGUUUGUUGCGCAUUGCUAGACAGCAGCAGCGUAAGAUACAACAUGAGCGCAACAUGCUGCCCAAUGCUGGCAAGAACGGAGUCCGGCAGCUAAGGCGGGGCUUCAGCACGACCAAGGGGUACAUCUUCUACCUGGGGUCCUUCAACCUGGUCUGGAUCCCGUAUGCGAUCGGGUUCAAUCUCCUGUACUGUUUACAAGUUGAGCUGAGCUUGGCGUUGAAUUUUGUGGUGGUGACGAUGCUGCUGGCGUACCUGCAACUGAUGUACGGCACCCUUUUCUUGACCUUCAUGCAGGCGGAGCAUAGGAAAGUUCUGCGCAGCACAUGGACAGCCGUCGCGCAGAAACUGAAGCGUUAAGAGUGUUAUGCCAUUAAAUUUUAUAACACAUCUCUGUGUGUUAUAAAAGAGGUGUCAGUCCUGGGAGUUGUGUGGGGAGCAAAGGGGUACUUGACCCCUUCCCCCAUAAAAAAUUGAAAAACAAAAAAGUCAAAAAAGGGGAAAGCGAAACAAAUGCAAAAGAAAAGAGAUGGAAGGGGUUGAAAAUCACCAGUUUGCUCGACAAAAAUCUCCAAAUUGACUCCUUCUAGCCAAUAAAU